UAAGCAUUCCCACAUCGUGGGCUCGUGGCAAUUUAAUCAGAGACCAGAACCCGCGGCUAUGAACGAACCACGAUUUCCAAACCCUGCUUCAUCUCUCUCACACAACACUGCAAUCACAGUUUGAUCAUCUUCCAACAACCAAUGCAAUUGUCACAGAGAAAGCAUAAGCUCCCACAGUGACCAACCCUCGUUCAUGGCUUCUAGAUGAGAAAACUCACACCCUUUUCCACUCUUCUCCAUCACAACAACAGCCUCCUUAAACCCCUUAAACCCUUCUCUUCGUCUUCACUGCAACCCGAUCUCCCUUCUCAGAUCUUCACCAUCCUCUCUCGCCCCCAAUGGCGAAAAGAUCCCACCGUUAACACCCUUAUCCCCUCUCUCACCACAACCCACCUCUCCUCCCUCUUCAACCUCAACCCUCACCCUCUCACCGCCUUGAACUUCUUCCGCUGGAUCCGCCGCCAACACGGCUUCACCCACACCGUUCGUUCCCACGAGCCGCUUCUCCUCCUCCUUGUGCGUAAUGGGUUGCUUCGUGCUGCUGAGAAUGUUCGAAACUCCAUGAUAAAGUCAUCUCUCUCCCCCCAUGAUGCGAGGUUUGUGCUGAAUCUUUUGCGCCGUAUGAACAAUAGUGAUGAUGAGAAGCUAGCUUUUAAGCUUUCUGUUACCUCGUAUAAUAGGCUUCUCAUGUGCUUGUCGCGUUUUGCUAUGGUUGAUGAAUUGGGGAGUUUGUAUAAGGAGAUGUUGGAUGGCGGGGUUGUUCCGAAUUUGAUAACGCUGAAUACCAUGUUGAAUGCUUAUUGCAAAUUGGGGAACAUGGUUGUGGGGGAGCUUUAUUUUUCUAGGUUGCUAAUAGGUGGUUUUUGUCCUGAUGCAUUCACUUACACUUCGUUGAUUUUGGGUUACUGUAAAAAUCAUGCUGUGGAUAGAGCUUGUAGAGUGUUUGAGCUUAUGCCGCAGCGAGGCUGCCCGAGGAACGAGGUUUCGUAUACUAAUCUUAUUCAUGGGCUCUGUGAAGCUGGGCGGCUCGAUGAGGCUCUCGAGUUGUUCUUGCAAAUGAAGGGGGAUAAGUGUUUUCCCACGGUUCGAACUUAUACUGUUCUCAUAGGGGCGCUCUGUGAGUCGGGUAAGGAGGUGAAGGCUUUGAAAUUUUUUGAGGAGAUGGUGGAUAGUGGUUGUGAGCCGAAUGUUUAUACUUACACUGUGUUGAUUGAUUACUUCUGCAAACAGAGCAGGAUGGAUGAGGGGAUGGAAAUGUUAAACAAAAUGCUGGAGAAAGGCUUGGCUUCUAGUGCUGUUCCGUACAAUGCCUUGAUUGCUGGGUAUUGUAAGCGUGGGAUGAUGGAUGACGCCAUGAAUGUUUUGGUUAUGAUGGAGUCGAAUAAAGUUUGUCCAAAUGCUCGUACACUUAAUGAACUGAUUUGUGGGUUUUGUGGGAACAAAAGCAUGGACAGGGCAAUGGCAUUGCUUAAUAAAAUGUUUGAAAAAAAGCUGUCUCCGGACCUCAUCACGUAUAACACAUUAAUCCACGGGCUGUACAAAGCAGGUGUUGUAGAUAGUGCUUGCCGAUUGUUUGAUUUGAUGAUUAAAGAUGGUCACAUUCCUGAUCUGUGGACCUUUAGUGCUUUGAUAGAUGGCCUCUGUAGAACGGGUAAGAUAGAGAAAGCUCAUCAGAUCUUUGAGUCUCUGAAGGAAAAACAUGUCAAAGCAAAUGAACAUAUAUAUACAGCCUUGAUUGAUGGAUACUGCAAGGCUGGGAAAAUUCAAGAUGCCCAUUUAUUAUUUAAAGGGAUGCUUGCAGAGGAUUGUUUGCCAAACUCUAUCACGUUUAAUGUAUUGAUAGAUGGCAUGCGCAAAGAGGGGAAAAUGCAAGAUGCAAUGUCGUUGGUGGAUGACAUGGUAAAGUUUGAUGUGGUGCCUACUGUUCGCACAUAUACAAUUCUCAUUGAGGAAAUGCUGAAGGGAGGUGACUUUGACCGUGCUAAUAGGAUCCUCAACCAAAUGAUUUCAAUUGGAUAUCAGCCUAACGUCGUCACAUAUACUGCAUUUAUCAAGGCAUAUUGCUGCCAAGGAAGGUUAGAGGAUGCUGAAGAGAUGGUGGCCAAGAUUAUGAAAGAAGGCAUAGUACUUGACUCCUUGAUCUAUGAUUUAUUAAUUAAUGCAUAUGGAUGUGUGGGACAACUAGAUGGUGCAUUUAGUGUUCUCAAACGCAUGUUUGAUACUGGCUGUGAGCCUUCGCGCCAAACUUUUUCCAUCCUAAUGAAGCAUCUAAUAAAUGAAAAACAUAAGAUGGAAGGGAGCAAUCCUGUUUCUCUGGAUUUAAAUUCAACUAAUAUCUCAGUUGACUAUGCAGAUAUAUGGAAGAUAACUGACUAUGAAAUCACAACUAUGCUCCUUGAGAAAAUGGUGGAAUAUGACUGUGUGCCUAAUGUAAACACUUAUAGCAGGCUUAUUAAAGGAUUUUGCAAGGUGGAACGCAUGGACAUAGCCUUCAGAUUGUUCAAUCAUAUGAGAGAAAGUGGAAUUUCUCCAUCUGAGAAUAAUCAUAAUUCUCUUCUUAGUGGUUGCUGCAAGUUGGGAAUGCAUGGGGAGGCAUUGGGAUUGUUAGAUUCUAUGAUGGAGUGUAGUCAUUUGGCUCAUCUAGAAUCCUACAAGUUUCUCAUUUGUGGGUUAUUUGAACAAGGGGACAAAGAGAAGGCUAAAGUAGUUUUUCAUAGUUUACUAAGUCGUGGGUACAAUUACGAUGAAGUGGCUUGGAAAGUUCUAAUUGAUGGCUUAGCUAAGAGGGGGUGUGUGGAUCAAUGCUCAGAAUUGUUGAAUAUUAUGGAGAAAAAUGGUUGCUGUUUACAUUCUGAGACUUGCUCUAUGUUAAAUCAGGAACUAAAUGGAAAUUAACAAAUUGAUUGUUUAUUUUACCCUGGAAUGGAACAGGGGAAAAGAGGCUUCCCAUUAUUAUUAUCAUCAGUUUUUUUUGAUGAAUCUUGUUAAGGUUGUACAGAUGGAAGAACACCUGCAAUUUUGAAAUACACUCUGAAUACACUUACUCUAUGUCUCUGUCUAAACUGGUGAGCUGGGAUCAGCUCUUUUUGCGGUAAUACUUAACAGUCACAGACAAGUCUAAUCACACGGAGAGAGAGCAAUCAGCAGAAGAUCAAGAGGCGAGUGACUAUAUAAAUUCUUGAGAGAGGGCAAUCAGCAGAAGAUCAAGAG